AUGCCAUGUUGAUGCGGAGACUGAGCAGACGCAUAUUCCUAUCGAAGAAACGGGGUCAGAGGCGCAGAGACGGGACGCCGUCAUAUCUCAGCGUCGACUCAACCCCACGGGUGACUCCCACGUCUGUCUCCGGGCUGGGCCUAAGCCAACAAUUCCACAAUGGACCGUGAGAGAUCCAGUCAAGUCGGCGAAUCUUCCUGCAGCUGUGUCGCGAGCCGCGGGUUGAACUGAGACCUCACACGAGGGCGUCCUGUCCGCCUCUGCCUCGCGCUUCUGUCCGCAACUUGGCCGCGCACAGUGCGUGAAUGCGCACUGAAUAGAGAAAACGGCGCUCCGGCGGGCAGUUUACGUGUCGCAGUAAAUCGUUGUCAGAUGUUGUACUAGGGAAUCGAUCUACUGAUACUUCCACGGAGCGGAUGGAGUGAUUUGCGCAAAAGAGGAGACAGGCAGACCGCAGUUCGGUUGCGUGUGAUGAUAGGAGACACAAUGACGCUCUUGUCUCUUCUGGGUCGGAUCAUGCGUUAUUUUCUCCUCAGGCCGGAGACGUUGUUCCUGCUGUGCAUCAGCCUGGCGCUGUGGAGUUACUUCUUCCACACCGACGAGGUGAAAACCAUCGUCAAGUCCAGCCGGGACGCCGUGAAGAUGGUGAAGGGGAAAGUGGCGGAGAUGAUGCAGAACGAGCGGCUGGGAGGCCUCAGCGUCCUGGACGCGGAGUUCUCCAAGACCUGGGAGUUCAAGAACAACAACGUGGCCGUGUACUCCAUACAGGGCCGGCGGGAUCACAUGGAGGACCGCUUCGAGGUGCUCACCGACAUCGCCAACAAGAGCCACCCGUCCAUCUUCGGGAUAUUUGACGGUCACGGUGGAGAGGCUGCAGCUGACUAUGUGAAGGCCCACCUGCCAGAGUCACUGAAGCAGCAGCUGCAGUCCUUCGAGAGGGAGAAGAGAGAGAGCACUCUCUCCUACGCCAGCGUCCUCGAGCAGCGCAUCCUGGCCGUGGAUCGGGAGAUGCUGGACAAGCUUUCUGCCAGCCACGAUGAAGCAGGGACCACGUGUCUGGUAGCGCUGCUGUCAGACAGAGAGCUGACGGUGGCCAACGUCGGGGACUCUCGCGGGGUGCUGUGCGACAAAGACGGCAACGCCGUCGCACUGUCGCAUGACCACAAACCCUAUCAGCUCAAAGAACGCAAGAGGAUCAAAAGGGCAGGAGGUUUCAUCAGUUUCAAUGGCUCUUGGAGAGUCCAGGGCAUCCUGGCCAUGUCCCGCUCUCUGGGGGAUUACCCACUGAAAAACCUCAACGUCGUGAUCCCCGACCCUGAUAUCAUGACCUUUGACCUGGACAAACUGCAGCCAGAGUUCAUGAUCCUGGCUUCCGACGGCCUGUGGGACGCCUUCAGCAACGAGGAGGCCGUUCGGUUCGUCCGCGAGCGUCUCGACGAGCCCCACUUCGGUGCGAAGAGCAUCGUCCUCCAGUCGUUCUACCGCGGCUGCCCCGACAACAUCACCGUCAUGGUGGUGAAGUUCAAAAGCGGAGCUGGAGGAAGUAGCAAGGCGGGGGAGUAGGCCACGCCCCGAGCUCACACUGUCAUCAACGUUUUCCUUGAGUUUUUUUUUUUUAACCAUCUUGUGGAUGGAGCAGGGACGUAUGGACGCUGAAAUCUGUGCACACCGACACAUGCAGACACCGACACGUAACAACACACACGUUAGUUAUGUUUCUAAAUCAGGUGAAGACAUGCAAGCGGAGCAGGUUUACUAAACCCAUCCGCCAGGUUCAUGUCUCAUGCAGACAUGACAACCAGCCACUCCAACCAGCACACAUUAGACUGUGAUUGCUCACUGACUACUGUUUACUGCACAUGCGCACGGAUGGUGCAGCUCCACUGGAAGCGUCCUCAAAUAGUGCCUAUAGGAAUUAACUAUAACUGCAGGAAGCUACUGACGUCACCCUGCUUGCUCCAGCUCAGUGAUGGGAUCCUAAUGUGUUUCACUGCUAGGCUUGAACAAUUAGAGUUUAAAUAAAGACACCAGUGGAUCCAUACCCUGAUUUGACUCAAAGCAAUGCACAUGUAUCACACUCACUUCCUGUUUACUUGACUGGAGUAAACAAUGGCUGUAAGUAAACAUAGGCAUUGAAUAUACAAAAAAAACACUAAUUGGCUUAAUCAGGUGUUUGCACUUAAAUAGUUUUGUUUCAUUUUAGUUCAAUUAGUCAUCAUUUAAAGAAAGUCACUUAAAAAUGAACUUUAAUUGGCUAAAUUAAUUGAUCUCCCUUAUAUGAAAUUAAUAAACUAGCCUCUAAAUGAUAUGAUUAAACACAAUUAUAUCCCAGUUAUGGCUUUAAGGGUUAAUUUUUUUCUGUUUCAGUGUGAAUUCUAAAAUUAAAUUUCUUAUUUCUUAAAGUAUAAAACCAAAGUGUUUAGCUUAGCCGUAGUUGGAGCGUGGACAUCUGAAUAUCAAUAGAGAUGAUUGACACAUGUGGGGAUUAAACCAGUGGGCGAGAGGUAACUGGAGACUGGACGGAUGAGAGUGUUUCUGUUCAAGUCAGCACGAGAUGAGUGAUACUGUAAGAUACAUACACACACACACACAAAUACAUACAGACAGUUAAAGAGUAAUGCAACUUUCACAUAAUGCUCAAGUUCUUCAUCCCGUUAUUUAACCUUAAGAGCUUUGUCAUGUGUGCACAACCUGACUCUGCUCCUGACCUUCACCUCUUGGCGUCGCGGUCGCGUGGAGCGAAUGUGAACAGCUCUGCGAGGCAUGUGCUUUGCUUGUCUGCGUUCACUCGCCACCUGCAGCACGUGCGUCCGUGGACACUGGUUCCACGUGAUGCGGGCGGCGGGAACGGCUUCAGGGCCUCAGGUGCGAUGAGAAACAACCCAUGAAACUGUAGCUGCAGCUUCAGCUACAGAUAUGAUAUGCACGAAGCAAUAACCGGCGUCAUCAACAGCUGCAACGUGAGAAGGGAAGCUACAGUAAACCAUAUUUGACUUACAAUUGUUGUUGUUUGCAUAAUUUGGAGAAGCCUUUUUUUACUUACACUUUAAUAAAUGCCUUAUUUAUUUUUCAGUUUUUCGAUGUUCGGCAGUAUUAUGAAAAUUCACUUCACUGUCAUUCUGCACAAAAACGAGUUUACAAUAAAAUCAUAAAAUAAAAGCCCAUCAUCACCUUCACUGGAGUCCAUGAUUCACACACGACGAGCCGCAGUUCAGUGUAAAAACGUUCUGUGUGUAACAGUAUUAAACAGGCUCUUUGCUCCCAAACGCG